CCCGCAGUUGCGACACCCCAUCUGCCACUCUCUCCCUUCCCUCCCACCUUCUCUCUGCUCUCUGCUUUAAUUUUCUCCCAGUUCUCGGGACUCAGCCUCCAGCUCUGGCCUUUGGGGUUGGAGGUCCCGGGACCGUCUCUCCAGUCCGCACCCGGGCUCCCCUGCCCGCCGCCCGGGCUCCUCUUGGGACCCGCCGGGCCCGCGCAUCCCGGACCCCGCCGCCGCCCCUGCCUGAGCCCCGAUGGGGGAGUGAGAGGCCACGGCUGGCCGGACAUGGGCCUCCCCACCGUGCCUGGCCUGCUGCUGCCACUGGUGCUCCUGGCUCUGUUGUUGGAAAUAUACCCCAUAAGCGUUACUGCACUUGUUCCUCACCCCCGGAACAGGGUGAAGAGAGCUAUUCUGUGUCCCCAGGGAAAAUAUAUUCACCCUCAAGACGAUUCCAUUUGCUGUACGAAGUGCCACAAAGGGACCUACCUGUACAAUGACUGUCCAGGCCCAGGGCUGGACACAGACUGCAGGGAAUGUGAAAACGGAACUUUUACAGCUUCAGAGAACCACCUCAGACAAUGUCUUAGCUGCUCCAAAUGCCGAAAAGAAAUGAACCAGGUGGAGAUUUCUCCUUGUACUGUGUACCGGGACACGGUGUGUGGCUGCAGGAAGAACCAGUACCGGUUUUAUUGGAGUGAAACCCUUUUCCAGUGCAAUAACUGCAGCCUCUGCCUCAAUGGCACGGUGCAGAUCUCCUGCCAAGAGAAGCAGAACACCAUAUGCACCUGCCACGCGGGGUUCUUUCUAAGAGAGCAUGAAUGCGUCUCUUGUGUGAACUGUAAGAAAAACACAGAGUGCGGGAAGUUGUGCCUACCCCCCGUGGAAACAGUCAAGGUCCCCCAGGACCCAGGCUCCACCGUGCUGUUGCCCCUGGUGAUCCUCUUUGGUAUUUGCGUUUUAUCCUUCUCCAUCGGUUUAAUGUGUCGCUACCAACGGCAGAAGCCCAGGCUCUUCUCCAUUGUUUGUGGGAAACCAACACCGACGAAAGAGGGGGAGCCUGAGUCCCGGGCCUCAGUUCCGGGCUUCAGUCCCACCACGGGCUUCAGUCCCGUCCCCAACCCCACCUGCACCCCCAGGUCCAUCCUCACCCCCAGUCCCACCUUCACCCCUACUGACUGGCCUAACGGCAGGGCUGCACCAGUCUCCAGAGAGAUGGCCCCACCGUGCCAGGGGGCUGGCCCCAUCCUCACCUCGGCUCCAGCCUCCACCCCCAUCCCCACCCCUGUUCAGAAGUGGGAGGACGGCACCGCCACUCCGCGCACAGAAGCGGACCCCGCGGACCCCGCGACGCUGUAUGCGGUGGUGGACGGCGUGCCCCCGUCGCGCUGGAAGGAGUUCGUGCGGCGGCUGGGGCUGAGCGAGCACGAGAUCGAGCGGCUGGAGCUGCAGAACGGGCGCUGCCUGCGGGAGGCGCACUACAGCAUGCUGGCGGCCUGGCGGCGGCGCACCCCGCGGCGCGAGGCCACGCUGGAGCUGCUGGGCCGCGUGCUCCGCGAGAUGGAGCUGCUCGGCUGCCUGGAGGACAUCGAGGAGGCGCUGUGUGCCCCCGCCGCCCUCUCGCCGGCGCCCCGCCUCCCUCGAUGAGGCCGAGGACCGCGGCCUCCGGGCAAGGCCCCUUCUUCUGGACCCGGCCGUGGCGGGGCAGGCGUGCUGGGCAGCCACCUACUUGGUGCUACUCUUUGAGUGUACAUAGGUUUUCUCAGCAGCUGGAGCCCUUCCGGAGGCUCAGCCUUGUGUGCGUGGCAGGUGUGUGUGUGUGCGUGUGCGCGCGCGUGUGAUCCCGAGAGAGGUUGAGUGUGCCAGGAGCCCAAGCUUGUGGCUGCAGAGAUAGGAGGCGCCCUGACCCCCCACCCAUUUUGGGCUUAGAGAACCCAGAGAGGCGGCUGAGGGGCCUCUGGGGGGCACCUGGGCCUUUUUCACAGUACAUAAGCAAUCUUUGUAUCAAUGAUGUUACACUAAUGGAAACUGAUUGCCCUUCUGCCACUGCUUGGACAAGCACAGAGGAAGCUGAACGGUUCCAAGGCAGGGGCAAGCACAGAACAAUGGGGCCGCCAGCUGGAGCAGUGGACUUUUGUAAAUACACUAAAACUUUGGAAUUAAAGUGCUCCUGGAAGGGC